CUCGAAACGAGACUGUACUGAAGCUGGAGCGGACCCAAGAUGGCGAAGCAGUACACGGCCCAGAAACUUACCUACCAAAAACCGCCAUUGCCGGCUCCAAAGUCAAUUUCCCCAACAAUUAAGUUUGGAAGAUAUGCUGCCUUAUUAUUAGGAAUAACUUAUGGUUAUAUGCGCCAUAAUUAUUUAUUGAAAAAAGAAGCAAAAAUUAUGGCUUAUGAAAAACCACGGCUUCAAGCGAGGAAGGCACAGCUUCAGCUUCAGAAACAAAGGGAAGAUUGGAUCGCAAUGAUGAACUUAGCAAAGGAAUGUACUGUAACACCCAAGAACCCCAACCCUCCAGACAACAUCAAGCAUAUGCUAAUAACAUAGAUUGGACUUUACUGGGAAUGGUACAUCUGUUACAUUGUCAGUUAGACUUGAAGUUAACACAUUAGAAUGCUAGUAGAAUGACAAUGUUAAGAACACCUGUAUGGCAUGAUUGCUGAAUCACAUCUGAAAUGGCACCACAACAGUGAAAAACAAGACACAUGGUUGGUUUGUGCACCUAAUAGAAUUUGACAACUGAAGUUUUCUUUUGUAGUUGAAUUUGAUUGAAGUCCUCAUUUCAGAGAACAUUAAUUAUUAAAUGGUUGCUUUAUUUCCAUAUGUAUGGACUUUGUGGUUGUUGGAUGAUAGAAUAAAAUGAUAUCAAGUUUCA